AUGCCGACGGCAAACCUUACCGAUGACGAACGCCGCCAAAUCCUGGAUGAGCUGCUGAAGCAGAGUGUGGGCGGAGAACUGCCACGAGGAGUCCAAGCCAGAGUUGCCAGAGAAUUCAGGUGCUCCGACGCCUCUAUUGGCAGGAUAUGGCACCGGUUCCGUGAGACGGAAGCCAACGACGGUCUGGAAGAAUGGAAGAGUCGUAUUAAGCAGAAUUCCGGCCGGAAAAAGAAGAAUCGCGACGAAAUCGCCGCUAAAAUCCGGGCUGUUCCUAUUGAAGAAAGGAAGCCAUAUCGGCCACUUGCUCACGCGGCAGGCAUAUCCAAGUACUUAGUGCAAGCACUUAUACGUGAGGGUGUUUUGAAGGUGCAUUCAACUCACAUUACACCCUACCUGACGGAAAAUAACAAGUUUCGUCGUAUAGAGCACGUCCUUACAUACAUUGACCCUACAAGCCUCAUGUUCGAGCCGAUGUACGACGUAGUCCACGUCGAUGAGAAGUGGUUCUAUGAGGAUGUUAAUAAGCGCUCGUGCUUAGUAUUUGAAGACGAAACCCCGCUCCAGCGUAGCCGACGGAGUAAGAACCACAUCCCAAAGACCAUGUUCCUCGCUGCAGUGGCACGUCCAAGGUUGGACCCACAUUGUAAAAAGGAAUGGGACGGUAAAGUUGGAUUGUGA